UCGAGGUAUUAAAUAGGAUUAAGAAGCCUCACAACCUCCCUAUAUAACAAAACAACUAACUUGCGGUAUUAGAAAAGUGUCUUGGCAGUGUCCAUUCGCAUAGAACUUUGCUAAGAAGUGUUAGCGAAAAAUGGUAUUCAAUUUUCGGGUAUUCAAGAAACAAUCCCCAAAUGGCAAGCUUACUGUAUAUUUAGGAAAACGAGAUUUUGUUGAUCAUAUCUCGGGAGUGGAACCUAUAGAUGGUGUUGUGGUCCUUAAUGAGGAGUACAAAGAUCGUAAGGUAUUUGGUCAGGUAAUCUGCAGCUUCCGUUAUGGAAGGGAAGAAGAUGAAGUCAUGGGUCUCAAUUUCCAAAAGGACCUCUACCUAGCGUCUGAGCAAAUUUAUCCCACACCAGAAAAAUACAAUACAACAAAAUUGCAAGAUCGCCUCUUACGAAAGCUAGGGAGCAACUGUUAUCCAUUCAAUUUUCUGCUUCCUCCAAAUUCUCCAGCAUCUGUAACUCUUCAACAAGGUUCUGAUGAUGAUGGUCAGCCUUGUGGAGUUCAUUACUACAUUAAAAUAUUUGUGGGGGAAAACGAAACUGACAAAACUCAUAAGAGAAGCACCAUUUCCAUGGCAAUAAGGAAAGUUCAGUAUGCCCCUUCGAAGCAAGGGCGACAACCGUGCACUAUUGUGCGCAAGGAUUUUAUGUUAAGCCCUGGAGAACUUGAACUUGAAGUUACGCUUGAUAAACAGUUGUAUUAUCAUGGCGAGAAAGUGGGUGUAAACAUUUCUAUCAGGAACAAUAGCAAUAAAGUGGUAAAAAAGAUAAAAGCAAUGGUACAGCAAGGGGUUGAUGUGGUUCUGUUUCAAAAUGGGCAGUACCGGACUUGCGUAGCAAGUAUUGAAACUCAAGAAGGAUGUCCAAUUAAUCCCGGUUCCAGUCUACAAAAAGUAAUCUACCUAUUUCCCCUGUUAUCCUCAAAUCGAAACCGCAGAGGCAUUGCUUUAGAUGGGCAAUUAAAGAAACAGGAUACAAACUUGGCUUCUACCACUUUACUUGCAUCCCCAGACCAGAGAGAUGCAUUUGGCAUUAUCGUGUCAUACGCAGUAAAAGUUAAACUCUAUCUUGGAGCUCUAGGUGGAGAACUGGCUGCAGAGCUACCUUUCGUAUUAAUGCAUCCAAAGCCAAAUGUGAAGGGUCAAUUAAUUCAAGCUGAUAGUCAGGCGGAUGUGGAAAUGUUCAGGCAAGAUACGGUCAUUGAACCUGAAGCUGAUGGCGAACAAUACGAUUAAAUUUAUUUUUAGCCGCAAGCUUAGGUAUGGUAAUAUGCAAUAUUUUACUCAAACCAUGAUUAUAGUUUAUCAAAUUUAAUAAAAAAUUCAGUUGCA